UGACUAUGUUUCAAAGAAAUAUAUGAGAUAAGUGAUAAGUGACGUUACAUACAGCCAAGUAUGGUGACCCAUACUUGGAAUUCGUGUUCUGCAUUUAACCCAUCCAAAGUUCACACUUAGCAGUGAACACACACACACACACACACAGUUGGGGUUUCGGUGCCUUGCUCAAGGGCACCUCAGUCGUGGUAUUGAAGGUGUAGAGAGUGCUGUACUUUCACUCCCUCCACCUAUAAUUCCUACCACAUAUUAGCUUCAGGAAUGUACUAAUGUACUGUAUGAACCUUAAAUGCAUUUGUUUGAGACACAUUUGAUUUCACCUUCUUGGACUUACAGUAAAAAGGUUUUGUUGAAGUCAGCCAGUGGGAGGAACCAGAGCCAAAUAGAUUUAACCAAUCUCAAUCUCAACUCUAUGUCCUAUGGAGUAGGAGGCAACCUCAACAUUUAAAUAUGCCUGAUUCUAAUCAUGUGCUUUAUCAAGAGUGGACCUGCUAAUUUAGAGACAGAAAAACAAAAUCAGGAGUGAACAUUACAAAUCUGUAGAAGUGGAAAUUCUUUGUAAUUUCACAGACAAAUCCAGUGGUGUCCAUAUAUUUAGUGACAAGCAACAAUGUUGCUCAUUCUAUUUCUGAUUCUAGGCAAUACCAUUUCAAGUGCAUCUGAAUCAGUCAGACUGGUAAAUGGCAACAACUCUUGUUCUGGAAGACUGGAGGUUUUCUAUAACAAUCAGUGGGGAACAGUGUGUGAUGAUGGCUGGGAUCUAUCAGAUGCUGCAGUGGUGUGUAGAGAGAUGGGCUGUGGGGAUGCUAUUGAGGCAAAGAGUGGUGCUUAUUUCAGACCAGGUGGGGGACAAGUAUCAAUGAGCAAUAUUGGGUGCGUUGGAAAUGAGCCUAUGUUGAGCAGUUGCAGCUCUAAGAAAGUGGGAGAGUUUUACUGUGACCAUUCAAAAGAUGCUGGAGUCAUAUGUCGCUCCCUUGCCAGAUUGGUGAAUGGCAGUCACUCCUGUUCUGGACGAGUGGAGGUUUUCAAGGAUGGUCAGUGGGGAACAGUGUGCAGUAAUGGCUGGGAUUAUUCAGAGGCUGCAGUAAUAUGUACAGAAAUGGGCUGUGGGAGUGUUUUCGAGCAAAGGAUCGGUGGUUUUUUUGGCCAGGGAUCAGGACCAGUAUGGCUGAGUGAUGUACAAUGUUCUAACUCUGAAACUACUCUGAGGCACUGUACUUUUCAGGGAUGGGGACAAAACUCAUGUGGACAUGAGAAGGAUGCUACAGUCGCCUGCUACCGCAGAAUUAAGCUGGAAAAUGGCUUCAAUGCUUGCUCUGGAAGAGUGGAGAUUUAUAAUCGCUGGGGAAACAAUUGGGUAACUGUGGUUGGUGAUAACUGGGAUCUAUCAGAGGCUGCAGUGGUGUGUAGGGAGGUCGGAUGUGGGGAUGCUAUAGCAGCAAAGGGUGCUGCUUAUUUCGGGCAGGGAUAUAACGGGUUUCCAGUAUGGUUGAAUGAUGUCAGCUGUAUUGGCAAUGAGCCCACACUCUUUGCCUGUGAGUCCAAAAAAAUAGAAGAUUUCCAGCUGCAUUACAAGGAUGCUGGUGUCAUCUGUCAAUCUCUUGUUAAGCUGGUGAAUGGCACUAACUCUUGCUCUGGGCGAGUUGAAGUUUUCUUUGAUGGCCGGUGGGGAACAGUGUGUGAUGAUGGCUGGGAUCUAUCAGAUGCUGCAGCGGUUUGUAGAGAGAUGGGCUGUGGGGAUGCUAUUGAGGCAAAGAGUGCUGCUUAUUUUGGACAAGGAUCUGGACUCGUAUGGCUAAGUGAUUUACAGUGUGGCAGUUACUCUACUCUGAGAAACUGUAAUUCAAAGGGAUGGGGACAAAACAGCUGUGGACAUGAGAAGGAUGCUGGAGUCACCUGUCAACUUAAAAUCAGACUGGUGAAUGGCAUCUCCUCUUGUUCUGGACGAGUGGAGGUUUUUCGUGAUGGUCAGUGGGGAACUGUGUAUGAUGAUGGCUGGGAUCUGUUAGAUGCUGCAGUGGUGUGUAGACAGAUGGGAUGUGGAGAUGCUACAGAGGCAAUAGGCGGUGCUUAUUUUGGACAAGGUGCAGGACAAAUAUUUAUGGGCAGUGUAAACUGUGUUGGAAAUGAGGCCAUACUCAGUGCUUGUGAAUCACGUAGAACGGGAAUGUAUGACCAUUCAAAGGAUGCUGGAGUCAUCUGUAACCCUUCUCUCAGGCUCAUUAAUGGACACAACUCUUGUUUUGGAAGAGUGGAGGUUCUUUUUAAUGGAAUAUGGGGAACAGUGUGUGAUGAUGGAUGGGAUGCAUCAGAUGCUGCAGUGGUGUGUAGAGAGAUGGGCUGUGGGGAUGUGAUCGAGGCAAAGAGCGCUGCCUAUUUCGAUCAGGGAUCAGGACCUGUAUGGAUAAGUGAUUUACAAUGUUCCGACACUGACUCAAGACUAAGAGGUUGUAAAUCAGGUGGAUGGGGAAGAGGCACUUGUGGACAUGAGAAAGAUGCAGGAGUCAUCUGUGAGGAUAAUGUUAGGCUGGUCAGCGGCACCAACCCCUGUUCUGGACGAGUGGAGGUUCUUCUUGCCGGUCAGUGGGGAACAGUGUGUGAUAAUGGAUGGGAUGCAUCAGAUGCUGCAGUGGUGUGUAGACAACUUGGAUGUGGAACAGUUUUGGAAGUAAAGAAUGCGGCUUAUUUUGGAAAGGGUUCGGGAACAAUUUGGAUGAAUAAUGUAAACUGUUUUGGGAAUGAGGCUACACUGAUGAGCUGUUCAUAUAAUGCAACUCCAGACAGAUGUGACCAUGAGAAAGAUGCCGGAGUCAUUUGUGGAGCUGUUAAAGUCCUGUUGAGGGUUGAAGUGAAGGCUACCUUUGGAAUCAACCCAAACACUGCUGGAAUCAUAAAUAAAAUUUCAGAUGAGAUUGGAAAGAAGCUACGAAUAAAUGGGACUUUCACACUGAAAACUCAGACUGAUGGAAAUAUCUUUCAUAAGAGAAUAGGAGCCGCACCCUGAAAUAUUGGUCAUUUCUGGAAUACAGAGAAGACAACUAGCUAACACUAUCUUAUAGGACAUUGAUUGCUUCAUCCCUCUUUCAGUCUGACCUUUGGAAACACGACAAUGCUUUUAUAAUAUCCUUGUAUUUUUUUUAAUGACAAUGUAAGCAUAAUGUUUUUUGUUUAGAUAAGUAUUUUGAUACUGAUCUUUGUGUCACAUCCUAACAUGCUAAAUUUAAAUGUCAUAUAUUUAGUAAUCAAUGUCAAUAUUGUACAUAUAUUUUCAAUAUAAACAUGUCUGGAGCUAAAUUAAUUCAAAUAUUAGAACAGUAUGCUUAAUAAUAAUUUCAUUUAAUUCAAUUAAAUUCAAAUAGUUGCAUUAUAAACAUAAUUAAAGUGU